GCGCCUCCGCCCCUCCGGUCUCAGAGACGACAUCAUGGAGCCGGCGGGCAGCUCUCUCGGCGGCACCGCCCUCCAGCUGUCGGGCGACCGGGCAGCCCCGCCGGGCGAAGAGGGCCUAUCGGCCAUCACAGCCCCCUGCUCGGCCGGCCUGGUCAGCUCCUCCGGCACCAACGGGAAGGCGGUUGUGUGCGAGCGGUGCGGCUCCCGUGUGCUGAGCCCAGGGACGGCGCGGUACCGUCGCCGAGAGCUCUUCCUUCCCUCCAUGAGGCAGAAGGUGGCACUGGGCACGGAUGGCAGUGCAGUCACAGGAGACAUGCUGCAGGAGCACUGGUUCGUCGAUGACAUGUACACCUUCGAGAACAUUGGAUUCACCAAGGAUGUGAAUAACAUCAAGUACCUUGUGUGUGCUGACUGCGAGAUUGGCCCCAUUGGAUGGCACAGUCUGGAUGAUAAGAAGAGCUUUUACAUUGCUUUAGAUCGAGUGCAGCAUGCAUAGUGGGGGUCUGGUGGGUGGGGGGGGGGGGGGGGCGAGGAGCUUUGGGGGCCACAAAGUGAUCUACUGGCAGGAUCGGUGUAUUAUUCACAUUAAACUGUUCCAGGAGGCGGGACUGCGACUUCAUGGUGUGUCAUGUCCAGCAGCAACUGCUCCAGGGUAUUAGACCAAGCCACAGCCAAAACCUGCGCAUCAAUCUGGAGAUCUGUUGGGCCUAAUUGCUUGGCCUGUAUUUCUGGGUUAUCAUUAAAAAAAAUAUUAUCCCUGCGCUGUUACUGAGCAACCCCAGUGAAAUGUUAGUGACUAGGACACUUCCGCCAUUCACACGAGGACAAUAGGUGCAGGAGUAGGCCAUUCGGCCCUUCGGGCCAGCACCGCCAUUCAAAGUGGUCAUGGCUGAUCAUCCCCAAUCAGUUCCUGCCUUCACCCCAUAUCCCCUGACU